UGGCUGAGUUAUGGGCUGAUCCUGGUUUGUAGUGGGGACAGGAGGAAGGAAGGGAUGGGGAAGAAGGAAGCCUGCAAGUGUCCGGAGGUGGGAUGGAUGUACAUCAAAAAUCAGCCCUCAUCGGGAAACCCGAUGUGAGGAAUUGGAAGUUGAAUCUGAAAUGGUGAUAAUGCAGCCUGGGUCCUGGUGGGAUGAGCUCCACACAGACCCACUUGCUGCCAAGCGCCAUCUGCUCUACCCUGGUAUCAUUUCACAAAGGUAUGGGGUCUGUGAAGCUCCCACGCCAUGCUCUUGAGGACCUGCAGAGCCUCCACCACCUCCACAACAACACAUGCAGGGGGUGUCCUUCUCCCUCUGCCCAUCCACCCUCCAGCAGGAGCCCAGCCCAUGGGUGCCUGCUGCCAUCACCUCCUUCUACCAGCUCCUUCCCCACGGGGAACCACUGCAGCAACUGGUUAGGAUCCACAGACCCCCAGAACUGGGGGAAACACAGCAGCCAUCAACUUCUGAAUCAACGUUGCGCGGGAACCACGAUGGAAGAUCUGUUUUUCAACAAAUGGGGACUCUUCCAGCUCCCACCCUCUGCCCACGCUGGCACCGGGUCUUCCUGAAAACCAGUGCUCUGGGGCUGCUGCUGCUACUGCUGACUGCGCUCGGCGUGCAGGGUGAGUGACAAGCUUGUAACCACAUCCACCGCAUAGAAACCACAGCUUCUCAGAGCAGAAAUCUGGUCCUUUUCCCCCAGAGUGCUAUCUGGGCUUUGUGUCGGACUGGGGAUGACCACCCAGCAAUCCCAGUGCUUCACCCAACAUGGGCAGAAGAUGCAAGCAAUAUUUCUAUGCUUUCAGCUGGCUUCACUAAUUGAGGGCCACCACAACCAGAAUAGAUUGGCACAAAAGCUGGGGGGUCCAACCCCAUCUCUGCUUGCUUCCCAUGGCUUUGUCCCCACACAAGCACAUCUCACCCCACUUUCUGCCUAAGAGUUUCCUGGAAAGCAACACCACAUCCAAGCACUCCCCAGCACAGCGCUGAGAUCCGGGGGAGGAAUGGGGUGGAGCCGUGUGUGACCUCUUCCCUUCUGCAAUAUCUUUACCGAUCCACCAGGGGCAGCAACCUGGAAGGACCACGGAGGAGCAGCUGCUGAGGGAAGCUUUAGAGAAGGAGCCUGGGAUGGGGGAUAGCACUGGAGGUUGUGGGGACGUAUGGGGGGGGAAUCUUGGGGAGCACAUUUUUGGGAGCACUCGACAGAUGUGAGGGGUGGGGAACAGAGAGGCAGUCUCCCUGGGGGUUCCCACAGGGCUGCGGUGUCACUGAGGGAAAUGUGGCUUUUCCUGAACCGCAGAUGUGUGCUAUGAGGAGAGGGGGGAGGACCUCAAAACUGGGGCAAAUGUAUUUAAAAAGGAGAUCCAUCGCUGUAGAGCACAAAGUAGGGCCCACAGCACACACUGCCCCAUAGAUUUGGUGACCCACACUCAACUAUGGACCCCCCCAAAACCAUGUCCCAUUGCUCACCUCACAAAGUUGGAGUCCCUUCAACCAACCACGACCCAUAGAUUUGGAGAUGCCACAAUCACCUGUGGAACUCCAAACGCUGCCCCACAGACCACCCCAUGGAUUUGGAGACAACGUGUGACACAUGAGGGGUGACAGCCUGUGUGGGGCACCCCAGUAAGGGCAGCGUGUGCCACUCCACAAGUUCCAUCCCAUUGUAGUCCACAUGGUGCAAAAACUAGGGGAACACAAUUUUCACAUAGGGAGGUGACAUAAUGGAAUCAUGUCCCAAGGGUAGCAGACAGCGGUUCUCCAGCCACUCCCUGUCCCCACUGCAGUCUCACUGUCCCCAGGCUGCUCCUGCCUCAUGGCAACAAUGGUGGUGGCCCUCAUCCUCGGUGAGUGACAAUGGGGACGUGGUGCCACAGGGGUUGUUGGCCCAGUGUGGGACCAGGACCGUGUCCCUUGCAGGUUGGUGGCUGGUGACAAUGCACAGGGCACAGCAACUGCCCCGACCCUCCCUGUCGCUGCACCCCAGCCAGGGGGUGUCCCUGGGGAGACACUGUCACCCUGCGGUGCCACCUACCCAAGCCGGCUGCCUGGGUUGAGCUCUACCAGGAUGGACUUUUGAGAUCCUACAAGGACAUGGACAAGCAUCAGGUCAUGGCUGAGUUCUCCUUGGUUUGUGUUAAGCUGGAAGAUGCAAUGAAGUAUUGGUGCCAGUACCGGGUUUUGGAGCCACCGGGAGUAUCAGAGAAGAGUGUCCCCAUCGAAUUGGUGGUGACAGAUCAUCGAUAUUCCCCACCUAACAUUUCCAUCAGCCACGAAAAAACUGUGGAAGUGGGGACCAAUGUCACCAUCCAGUGCUGCAAUCAGGGCUAUGGGGGCAUCAUCUUCUUGCACAAGGACGGGCACUCAGCCCCUCUCCAGCACCAGGACCCCCAUGGCGGGGGCACAGCCACCUUCACCCUCUUUGGGGUGACUCCAGCUGACAGUGGCACCUACAGGUGCUCCUAUCACCCCAAGGCCUCCCUCUUUGUGUCCUCACCCCUUGGGGACAGCGUGACACUGGAGGUGACACCCACACUAGCACCCCCAGGUGCUGAGUUGGUGUCCCGUGGGAACCUGGUGGUGGCAGUGGUGAGGGGCUGCGCUGCUGCUCUCAUCUUUGCCCUCGGCGUCUUCUUUGUCAACGAUGCCCGCAGCCUCUGGAUACGGAGAGAUGAGAGUCUGGGGGGGGAAGGGAUUUAAUGGUUUGGAUCUCCUGUACAUCUCCUACACGUCUCCCCAGUUUUCCCCUUCCACUCCUUCCAUUCUUCUGUAGAAACCACCAGGUUUCUACCAUUGGAUCCACUGAAGGUUGCCUAUCGAUUCCCUCAGAUGUUCCCUGCCCCCAUCCCAUCUCCUAUAAAUCCAUCAUGUAUCCCCUGCCUCCCCUUCCAGACCCUAUAAAUUAUCUAGUCCCAGUCAUCUUGUGCAUCUGUGUCCAUCAUUUACAGAUCCACUAUAAAUCCACCCAAGCGUUACCUGCCUCCUCUUGCGUCCCCUUCCUAUUCUCACAAGUCCAACAAGUUUCAAACCCCCUUCAUCCCCCAUAACCCCACAAUGCUCCUGUUCUAUUUUGACUCCGGUGCCUACCCACAAAUUCCUGAGGCUGUGCACUUCCAGAUAGGUCUUUGGGUCAGGGACCCCUGAUCCCAGCCUGUUCCUGGGCACCUCAUACUCCACCUGGAACCCAAAUCCCUGCCCAUGUGGACCCCGGGAUCCCCCAAAUCAGAUGGCUUACUCUAACCUUGUGUGAUGCUCAAAAUCCUGACCAGGGGGAAGCACGAAUCUGCAUUGUUGAGAUCCCCCAGGGCCCAAAUCAAAGUCCUUGCACCAACUGGGGAAAACCCAGCCAUAAACAUCCCCCUGACAGUGUGGGCAAUCCAUACAAUGUAAUAGGACCCCCAAAAGGCACACAUAUUUACUUGCAAUAUCAGACCAGUGUUACCCCAAAUCAAAGUCCCCCCACAUCCCCAAACACACCAUCACUGACCACACCCACACACUUACAACGGAGAUGUCCCUCCUCACAGCCAUACUGAGGAACCCCACAGUGGUUCUCCACCGUCUCCAGUUGUAGGAGAAUGGCUCAAAGAGCAAGGACAUUGUGAGUACGAGUGCUACGUGCACUACCCAGGCUAUGAGACCUUGAAGCUGUCAAAGCAAAAAGAAAAGCUGAGGCUGCAGUUAAGAUAAGGGGGAAGCUAGCCUGGGGAGAGACUAAGGCAAUGGAAUGUGAGGAACAGUGUGAAAAGCCACGUGAUGAUUAAUGCUGGACCAAUAGCUUUGCGAGCAAGACGCGUGAUUUCUGUAUGCUAACCAAUCAUGAGCUGACUAUCUCCGUGUGCACCCUGUAUUUCUGUAUGAGCUGAUUUGGGCAAUAAAUCGAAGCUCCACCAUUA